GGUCUCUGGUAGAGUGGCCAGUAGAUCAGGGCACAGCAGAGGACAGAUCUCCUAUAUAAGAGUGGAAGUUGGAUGCUAGCAAGGAAGAGCAGAAAGAGAACGCAGUGCUUUGGACACACUGACAUCAAGACACACCUUCGCUGUCAUCAAGGGACAAGGAAAGACAGUCAAAAGUCUUCUUUCAUCGUUUGCAUCCGUCGCUGGCCUUUAAUUUGUUCCUGUAUUGACGUGGAGUCUCCAUGGAGCCGAUGAGGAGUUACUGGCUGUGUGCAGCUGUGCUGUCGUUGACAAGUUGCCCUGGCCAUGCUUUGCGACGAGUGACCCUGAAGAAGAUGCCGUCCAUCAGGGAGAACAUGAGGGAGCUGGGCUUCGCUCUGGACCAGGUGUUCCCUCUACUGACCCAGAAGGCCUCCGAUGAUCCAACCAAUGGGACUGCUCCAACGCCCUUGACCAACUAUCUGGAUACGCAGUACUUUGGGGAAAUCAGCAUCGGCUCUCCUGCCCAGAUGUUUAACGUUGUGUUUGAUACGGGUUCAGCCAACCUCUGGGUGCCCUCCCAGAGCUGUUCUCCUUUCUCCACCGCCUGCUUUACGCACAACAGGUACGACGGAUCCAGAUCCCGGACUCACAUCGACAACGGGACGGGCUUCUCCAUUCAGUAUGCCUCUGGCACCGUCCGAGGAUUCCUGAGUGAGGAUGUAGUUGUGAUCGGCGGCAUCCCCGUGGUCCAGGUGUUCGCCGAGGCCACCGCUCUGUCAGCCAUGCCCUUCAUCUUCGCCAAGUUUGACGGCGUGCUGGGGAUGGGCUACCCCAACGUGGCAAUCGACGGCAUCACCCCCGUGUUCGACGGCAUAAUGUCCCAGCACAUCCUCAAGGAGGAGGUGUUCUCUGUCUACUACAGCAGGGACCCACAGCACUCCCCUGGCGGUGAGCUGGUGCUGGGAGGCACAGACCCCGACUAUUACACUGGGACCUUCAACUAUGUGGCCACAGAGGAGAUGGGAAAGUGGGAAGUGACCAUGAAAGGUGUUUCUGUGGGCGACAGGAUCAUGUUCUGCGUGGAGGGCUGCACCGCCGUGAUAGACACAGGCUCCUCCUACAUAACAGGCCCCGCCUCCUCUGUGUCUGAGCUGAUGACAACGAUCGGAGCUCAGUUGGAUGAAAGUGGCUACAAAGUCAACUGUGAACUGGUGAAGACUUUACCUUCUGUGACUUUUCAUCUGGGUGGCAAAGAGUACGAACUCAGUCACGAGGACUACAUCUUAUGGCAAACCGAGUUGGAGGGGGAUGUUUGCACCGUCACCUUCAGAGGGCUGGAUGUGCCGCCCCCUACAGGCCCCAUUUGGAUUCUGGGAGCCAAUUUCAUUGCGCGCUACUACACAGAGUUUGAUCGGGAAAACAACCGAAUAGGCUUUGCUACAGCAGUCUGAUAACAAACUCAAAACUACCCCCCCCCCCGCGUCCUUUUUCCACCUCUCUCUGCAAUCUAUCCCGGCCACCUCUGUCUCUCCCCCUCCUUGCCUUGUCCUUUCUGGUUAUCUAACUCUCCAGUAUGCUAUCUGAUCUCAGGCCCUAUACUCUACGCAUCUGUCCUCAGACUCACCCGCUUUUAUGAACACCUAGGAUCAUCUCUACUUCAUUCCCCACGUUAGGAUGGGGAAGAUGGAGAUACCUUCCUUCUAUUUAUGCCCCUUAAAAGAAGCAACGGUAAAGAAGAGAGAGAUAUUUGAAGGCCGGCUGUGUUCUUUUUUUCAAGCGUAUUGCUCAAGCCUAAAAGAACAAAUAUGCAUUUCUGUCACGCUUCUGCUGAUUUUCACUAUUUUGCAUCUAUAUCAUUUAACAAUAUCCACCUCUGAACUGUGCUGACGUGAAAGCAAUAAACUUCAGUUGGCCUUUUU